AUGUCGGAUGGGCUCUUCAAUAACAAGCUGCUGGAGGUAGUACAGGCAAACUGUGUCCGCUGGAAGAAAAAGUUCUUAUUUAUGUGUAAAAUCAGUGCCAGUGCCACAACAGGGAUUCUGGAUACUUGCAUUUGCAGGGUGUCUGUACGGAAGGAGUUAAAAGGAGGAAAGGCAUAUGCAAAGCUGGGAUUUGCAGAUCUAAAUCUAGCAGAGUUUGCUGGAUCGGGAAAUACCACUCGUCGCUGUUUACUGGAAGGUUAUGAUACCAAAAAUACAAGACAGGAUAACUCCAUUCUCAAAGUUUUGAUCAACAUGCAGCUAAUGUCUGGAGACCCAUGCUUUAAAACGCCUCCUUCCACAGCAAUGUCUAUAGCAAUUGCUGGAGAAUCAGAAUCUUUGCAUGAAGACAGGAAAGGUGGAGAAAACUUAAAAGUAUUACAGCUGGGCGCAGCAGAUGUCUCACCAAAGAGUGCCUCAGUCCCAGAUGAACUUGGUGCAUGUGGACAUUCCAGAACAUCAAGCUAUGCAAGUCAGCAGUCAAAACUGUCAGGAUACAGCACAUGUCACUCUAGAUCAUCCAGUCUGUCUGAACUCUGCCACAGGAGGAACACCUCGGUGGGUAGUACCUCAACAGGAAUUGGAAGUAUUCUAGAGCCAUGUGAAGAGACUGAGCCAAACGUAACUGAAGCUGAUGUUGAUGUGUCUGUUAAAGAUGCGCCAUCAGAAAAAGUCUGCAGACGUCCUGUAAAGCAAGACUCUGUGGAGUCACAGCUGAAGAGGGUCGAUGCUACCAGAGUUGAUGCUGAUGAUAUAGUUGAAAAAAUACUCCAGAGUCAAGACUUCAGUUUAGACUCAAGUGCAGAAGAAGAAGGUUUGAGAUUAUUUGUGGGCCCUGGUGGAAGCACUUCUUUUGGAAGCCAUCAUCUACCUAACAGAGUAGGAUCUGGAGCAUAUGAGCAGGUGGUGAUAAAACGCUAG